AUGGAUGGUGACUGGUCUCAGGGGCUCCCUGUUACACUGGAAGUCCACCACCAGCUCCUUUGUCUUACUGAUGUUGAGCUGCAGGUUGUUCUCCCUGCAUCACAAGACCUCUGGGGGUCCAAGGUCAACUGGCCGCCGAACCCCCCCAGGCAUACUAACAUUACUGAAAACAGAAAAGAGUGGACAUGCUUGCUAAAAGCUCCCACCUAUAAAGAUGGAAUAAAUGCUACCUGGAACUUCACCUGGAUUAACCAACAUAGGAAUUGGUCUGAUGCUCAGAGCUACUGCAGAUACAAUUACACAGACCUGGCCACUGUGAGGAAUCAAGAAGAUAAUGACUUGAUACAUACAAUGGUUACAAAUGGCACUUGGGUAUGGAUUGGGUUGUUCCAGGAUACAUGGGAAUGGUCAGACCUGUCAAACUCCUCAUUCCGUAACUGGAAAAAUGGCCAAAAUGAUUAUGUGAAUAACGCAUGUGCUUUAGCUCAGGUCACCUGGCCUGGGACAUGGGAUGUGACUCCAUGUGUUGAACAGCAUCCAUUCAUAUGCUAUGAUGAUUGCCUGAUUUUGGUAAACAGAACGAUGACCUGGAAUGUAUCGCUGAAUUACUGCAGAACACACUAUUUUGACCUGGCCUCUGUCCAAAACAAGGAGAUCCAGUACUGGGUCAGUAGGAGAGCUGAGAAGGCCUCCACUGAUCAUGUCUGGCUGGGGCUGCGCUUCUCCUGCUCCCCUAAUUUCUGGUUCUGGGUCAGUUCAGAAAAUGUCAGCUAUCAGACCUGGCCCCCAAACAACAUAUCCAACAGUAACUUGUGUGAAACCACAGGGGCAGUACAAUCUGGAAACCCAGAUUAUUGGGUCAGCCUGCCUGAGACGGAGGAGCUCAACUUCAUGUGUUCCAUAUGUCCAAGUAAGGUUGAUCUAGGUUCACAGGGGAACAAUGCCAAUCCUGCACAAGCUGAGCAGAACAAAUAUGCAACAUGUCUAUUCUGUUUUACAUAA